AUGCAGUCGAUCAGCAGCACCUUCGCAGCGGGCGCUGUGCAGCGGGCCCCUGUGGCCCAGCGGGCCCGGCGGGCGGUCUGCGCGCGUGCUGUUCCGGGACCCGUGGAGUCGAAGAAGGUCGACAAGUACGCGGUUGUGGAGAUCGGCGGGUCGCAGCUCAUCGUCGAGGAGGGGCGCUACUACAGCGUGAACAGGCUGGGGGUCGAGGAGGGCGCGACCAUCCAGAUGGGGCGGGUUCUCGGUGUCAAGAACAACGGCGACUUCAAGGUCGGCCAGCCGUACGUGGAGGGCGCGACGGUGCAGGCGGAGAUCCUGGGCGACGAGAAGGGCCCCAAGAUCACGGUGUACAAGAUGAAGCCCAAGAAGCACACGCGGUCAAAGAACGGCCACCGCCAGCCCCUCACCAAGUUCCUCGUCACCAAGAUCGAGGGCUGA